AGCAGGUGAAUUUCGCCCCGGAAGUGAGAUUCCGCUCCCGAGGAUGGUGUUUCUUCUAUUGUACAGGUCGAACAUGAAAAAUGAACUAUAGGCAUUUUAUGUCAAACAGGAAAUAUUCGACAGACUGUCUGGUUAUUAUACAUGAUAUGAAGUAACCUAGACGAUAUGGACGACAGUCAAGCACAACAGGGAGUCUCCUACACGGAUAAUCUCAUCGGGACUUUACUUGCCAUUUCCGGGAAUCUGCUUGUCAGCAUUUCUCUAAGUAUUCAGAAGUACAGCCAUGUGAAACUAGCAGGAACAAAGGAGCAACGCACUUUCUACCAGACCAAGACCUGGUGGUCUGGUUUUGUAUUCAUCUGCAUUGGGGAGGGGGCCAACUUUGUGUCUUAUGCCUUUGCUCCCAUUGCUGUUGUGGCGCCCCUCAAUGCCGUGUCGGUCCUGACAAGUUCGAUUUUGGGGUUUUUAUUUCUGCGGGAAAAAUCGAAAGCAAAGGACUUUGCAAAGAACCAUGGGCUUACCUUCUUGGGCUACGUUCUAAUUAUAGGAGGAACUUAUCUGUUUGUGUCAUUUGGACCAAACUCUCAUGAGAAACUCCAAGCAGUGAACAUCGUGAGGCACAUCGUCGGGUGGCCUGUUCUCCUGUAUUUGCUCCUGGAGAUUAUCACCUUCUGCCUGCUGCUAUACUUCUACAAACAGCGCAGCGCUAACUACCUUGUUAUUAUUCUCCUGCUGGUUGCUUUACUGGGCUCAGUCACAGUGAUCACAGUCAAGGCGGUUUCUGGUAUGCUGCUCCUCACGCUCGAAGGUUCCAUGCAGCUCGACUACCCAAUCUUCACCGUCAUGUUCGUGUGCAUGGUGGCAUCCGUGGUCUUCCAGGCUAGGUUUCUUUCCCAAGCUUGUAAUCUCCAUGAUCCCUCUCUGGCUGCCUGCAUCAACUACAUCUUCUCCACCUGCCUUGCAGUAGUAGCUGGGGCUGUCUUCUACUUGGAGUUCCUGAAUGAAGAUGUGCUCCACAUCUGCAUGUUUGUGCUUGGGUCUGCUCUCUGUUUCCUCGGAGUCUUUCUCGUCACUAAAUACAGGAAAAAGCCCAAGAUCUUUGAGCCGUACGUCACCAUGGAUAUGGCUAAGGGUGUCCCGACCAUUCAUGACAACGGCCUCGUCGUUCAGCCGGACUUUAAUGGCUCUUUCUCCUACGGCUCCCUGGUUAAUAAUGACGGCGUUGCCCCUGCCUCUCUGCCGGUCAACUUGGAGCAUCCAGUUGUGACUGUGAGAGGCACAGACGCACCUCAUGGUCAUCCUGACCUGAAGGAAGAUUGAAACUUAUCGCUGCCUCACAGAAAACCCCCCUGAUGGGCGUUUUUCAGCAAACUUUUCAUUUCCAGUCUCGCCUUAAACUUUAACAUGUGCUUCCUUUUUUAAACCAGCUGAACCAAAGCUGUUCAGGGAAAAGCUUUCUUUAAGGACUUGUUUGAUUCAUAUUUAGGCUUCCUGACUUCUUCCUUGCAAAGUUUAGCUUUUUUGUAUCUGUGACAAGUUUCCGUCUCUAUAAAUGCACAUUGGGGAAAACGAGGAGUUGUCUGGAUAAGCUCAAACUGGUGAAGCUUGCAUAACUUUGUAUUUAUUUUGACAACUGACUUUGUUGCAAAUUCUGUGUGUAGAAGACUCAUAGAUCUCAGAGGAACCAAAGGUUAGCAGCAGAAUGAAGGGAUGUUUUCUUUUUUAAUUGAAGUUGUCUGUCAUCCUUAAUAAACCCACUCAGCAGUGACUUCUUCCAUAUCACUAUUGAACAUGUACCAUGAAGUUUUAUUACUAGUGCUACCCUGCAGACUGGCCUGUUCUUCUGGUAAAUAUUUGAACUAAUCUAGCUGCAGGGUUUUUGAGCUGACAGUGUAAAGUUACAGCUGUACAGUUUCUCUGUAUUUUAAAUGAAGUAUAAACUGCCUCUUUAUGUCGUGACUAGUUUUCCCAGUUUAACCAUUUAUAUUAACUUCCUGCAACAUGUUCAUGAAUUAUGUCUAGUUUUUUAGUGCAUAUUUAAAAUGAAGCUUAUUGCUGAAUGAAUUCAGGGUAAUUUCUUGAUUAAAAACAGAUGAUGGUUCAGAUCUGUUGAUGUAAACAAGGUUCAAAUGUUUUUCAAAAGGGUGAAUUUAACCAAACAAUAAAUAAAAUG